AUGGAUCCUGAGCAGCGCUUUGCAGGCUAUCCGCUACCUAGGGAGGGUCCCAACACGCCGUACUCACCUAUCCGGAAUAAAAACCCGGUACUUCGAGGAUGGUCUCUAAUCAUCGCAGCGAAGCUGGUUACGAAUUCUUCUUUCUUUGCAAAUGCGACUUGGGAAAAUGCAAAAUUCGGCCAGGCUAAAAACAUCCCGAGCCUGAACGGUUACAACUGGAGACUUGAUCCCAUGGUCAAACCGCUCAUACCGGAUGGCACCGUUCAGGGCAAGGCCGAGGUAACCCCCGACCUGAUGCGACGACAGCCUGAUGACCUACCCGGCCGUUUCUGCUCGGUAGCUGAUUACCACGAGCGUUUCAAAUCUGGGGAGUUAACACCCCUUCAAGUCGUCAAGGCCUUGUUGCCUCUGAUAUCCAGAGGGCAGACGCCUAGGGCAAAAUAUGAGUCGGCCUGGGCAGUUACAAAAGAGGACCUGGUCGUUGCGGCGGCCCGAAAGUCGACAGAGCGUUACGCCUCCGGUCUACACUUGGGCGUGCUUGACGGUGUGCCUAUAGGAGUGAAGGACGACAUAGAUGUCGAAGGAUACGUUUGUCAUUUUGGACAACCUUUCGACCCCCAUGACCCCUCAUUCAAACCCGCGACGGAGACAGUUUGGCCGAUCGCACAACUGGAAGCAGCAGGUGCUAUUGUUAUAGGGAAAUUAGCAAUGCACGAGCUUGGAUCAGACGUCAGUGGAUGUAACCCGCACUGGGGGACUCCGGUAAACUGGAACAACCCAUCAUACUACCCUGGCGGCUCAUCGUCUGGCGGAGGUUCUGCCCUGAGUGCCGGCCUUGUCCCUCUUGCCAUCGGAACGGACGCAGGCGGUUCUGUCCGUGUUCCUGCGUCCUUCUGUGGCGCUUACGGUUUAAAACCGACCCUCCAUCGAACAUGUACCAUGAAGUCCUCAAUCUGUGUCAUUGGACCUAUGGGGUCUACCGCUAACGACCUCUCUAUCGGUUAUCGUAUCAUGUCGGCACCCAACCAUUCGGACCCAGUUCAAGGCUCAUUUUCGUUGUCUAUCCCGCCUAAUCCGACGGCGAAGAAAAUAAUCGGCAUAUACCGGGACUGGUUUGACCAAGCCUCUCCGGAGGUGCUGAACGCUACCCGUGACGCUAUAUCCUACUUUACAAAUCAGUUAGGAUAUGAUGUGGUGGACAUAACGAUACCAUACAUACAAGAGGGCCAAUACGCACACAGCGCCUGGGCACUUACGGAAGGAUUCGACCAUCAGCGAUCCCGUGUGGCGGAUGCGUCAAGAUGGGCAUCGAAUCUGAAUUAUUGCAACCAACUACUCAUGACCAUGGGCGCAUCCACACCAGGAAUUGAUUUGAUCAAGUACGGGCAGCUGCGCGAGUUGAUCAUGGAGCAUCUUGCAUUCUUAUUCAAAAAAUAUCCUGGCCUGCUGAUCCUGACCCCGACUUGCCCUGAUGCUGGGUGGCCGAUCCAUCCAGGGGACCAAGCCUACGGAUUCAGCGACGGAAAUACGACAAUCCGGACUAUGAUGUACAUCUGGCUGGCAAAUUCGACGGGCUGCCCUGCGGUAACCGCCCCAGUUGGCUAUGCUGAGCCGACACAGGGCGAAGGGAAGUUGCCAAUUGGGCUGAUGGCGAUGGGAGAAUGGGGCGCGGAAGAACAACUCUUAGUUUGGGCGCAUGAGGCCGAGACAUAUCUAAAUGAUUACGUGAAGGGAGGUCGGUACAGACCUAAGGAUUGGGCCGAUGUUAUUACCCUGGCGCAAAACGAUACUAACUAA